AUGCCGGAAGCCCUCAUCCCCGUCCAGCUGCUGUGGGUCAACCUGGUCACUGACGGCCUGCCGGCCACCGCCCUCGGCUUCAACCCGCCCGACCUCGACAUCAUGGAGAAACCGCCGCGCAGCCCCAAGGAGACCCUCAUCUCCGGAUGGCUGUUCUUCAGAUACAUGGCCAUCGGCAUGUACGUCGGCUCCGCCACCGUCGGAUCGGCCGCCUGGUGGUACAUGUUCUACCACAACGGCCCGAAGCUGAGCUACUUCCAGCUGACGCACCAUCUGACCUGCCCGAACGAACCGGAGAACUUUGAGGGCAUCGACUGCGAGGUGUUUGAGGACCCGCAUCCGAUGACGAUGGCGCUGUCUGUGCUCGUCACCAUCGAGAUGCUGAACGCGUUGAACAGAAAGAACAGGAAAAGUAAAUUGUUCCUGGUCCUAAACUCGCAGUGCGAACAGGAAAGUCUGUCGGAGAACCAGUCGAUGCUGGUGAUGCCACCAUGGAUCAACCUAUGGCUGCUGGGAGGCAUCGCGCUCUCCAUGGCUCUGCACUUCAUGAUCCUCUACAUCGACGUCCUGUCCGUGGUGUUCCAGAUUUGCCCGCUGACGUUCGAGGAGUGGAUGGCUGUGAUGAAAAUGUCCAUACCCGUCAUUCUAAUGGACGAAGCGCUCAAGUUUAUCGCGCGCAAGUUCACAGAAGGUAGCGCCACUAGUCUGCUGCAUGACGCGCAUCUCAUCGUCAUCAUGUGGGGCGUUUACUUUGCCGUCAUCUUCUACUACCCGUUUUAA